AUGCCGGAGGGGUCAAGUAAGAGCGAUAUUUCUGUGAAUUUUUCGCCGAAAAAACUUUCUAUAAGUAUCGAAGGAUCUGUGGAACUACAGGGGGUGCUCUGUCAGGCCGUAGACACUGCGGAGUGUAUCUGGGUAGUUGACGAGGGGAAGUUAGAGGUCCACCUUACCAAGGCCCUAAAGGGUGAGGUAUGGAGCUACGUCUUCGAGGGUGAUACGCAACUCACUGAUUUCCAUAAGGAAGCUGAUAAAAAGCGUAUUUUGUUGGAGCGAUUUCGAAACGAGUACCCCGGAUUCGAUUUCUCUGGUGCCGAGUUCAACGGCAUGGUACCAGAACCGCGUACAUUUAUGAAAGACAUUUAA